UAUUCUUUUUAUCUUUUAGUUUGCCAUUUCUUUUAGUUUCUACAAAAACUCUGAAGCUGCAACUUUCGUUGCUUGACUGUAAACUGUAUUGCGGUUUUGUGCAAACUGCAUAUCGAUUUUUCAGGUUGGUUUUGUAAUCAAGAAGUUCUGAACUUGCAAAAUUUUGCCGACCAACAGAUAAUGCUAUGGAGCAUAAUGGAACGAUGAGCAUGGAAACCGACCAUGCAGAUAACACCGAAACGACCCAAGACAUUGCGCACGGAGUGAAACGACCGCGAGAUCCAUCCCCCGUGAACGAAAAUGACACUCACGAAACGCAAGUCGAUGGAGAGAAGACAUACGGAGUUGCACUGCGAACACUGGAUAUUCAGGGCUUUCGCAGUUUCGGUCCAGCUUUGGAUGAUGUCGGCCAUAUCGACUGGAUGUCUCCAGUUACCCUGAUUAUCGGCCCCAAUGGGACAGGAAAAACCACGAUAAUCGAAUGCCUGAAAUUUGUGCUGACGGGAGAAACCCCUCCGAAUAGUAACAGGGGAACAGCUUUCAUCCACGAUCCCAAGCUGAACGGAAAUGCUGAAGUUCGUGGACAGAUCUCAUUGAAAUUUUUUGGAGCCGAUAAUAAAGAUUAUGUUCUCACUCGUACCGCCCAAGGCAGCACAACAAAAAAUGCGAAGGGUCAAGUGGAUGUGAAAUUCAAGACGUUAGAAGCUUCGCUAAGCUACUUCGAUGGUGGCAAAAAGGUUGCGGUAACGCAUACGGUCGACCAAGCAGGCCAGACAAUGCAAGCGAUUGUUGGGGUGUCGAAACCGAUCUUAAAUAGCGUGAUCUUCUGUCACCAGGAGGAAUCCGACUGGCCACUUGAUCAAGGUGCCAAACUGAAAGAGAAAUUCGAUGAGAUCUUUUCAGCCACAAAAUACAUUAAAGCUUUGGAGGCUUUCCGGGAUCUCAAGAAAACCGAUAAGUUGGAACUGAAAGCAGCGGAAGUUGUACGCGAUACUAAGCGUAAUUAUCGGAAUGAAGCGGAAGUGAAGCAAACAGAAUUGGACGCUUAUAAAACGGAUUAUGCGACGCUGAAUACCUCUCUGGAUGAGCAACAGAAAGUUUUCGCUGAUCUAAAGGGAUCGCACGAUGUUCUGUUGGUCCGGGUCGAAAAAGUUACGAAAUUGGAAAAGGAUGGCGAAAAACUAAACUCGAAGAUUCAGCAGUUAACGAGCCAGAUCGCUGAUCUUGAGAAGCGGUUGGGCGAAGAAUAUGCCGGAACUACGGAAGAACUGGAACGUGAAAUGCAAGAUUCUAAGAAUGCCGAACAGGAUAAAAAAUUGCUGCUUGCCACGGAAAAGAAAAAGGGCACGGAACUGGACAAACGUUUGAACGAGUUGAGGAAGAACCAUGGCAGAUUUGUGCAGAACCUUGGAGCAAUGAAAGCUGAAGCCGACAUCAAUUCCAAAACAAUAUCAGAACGAGACACAAAAAUCAAGGAUCUCGCUGUCGCGAACGAACUAAAAAUUUACACGGAAAUCGAAGUGUUUUCGGCUGAACAAAUUCAGGGCUUCGACAGUGACUAUCAGCAGUUAAUUAAUGCCGAAGAGGACAAGCUGGAGCAGAGGAAGAAAGACAUCACCAAUGAGCUAGACGAAUUGACGAAGCGUGUUAUUGAAAAGAAGUCUGAACAGGACACUUUAACCAAAACCGUCACUAAGUUGCGGAAGGAAAUUCGAGAAAAAACUCAGCAGACGGAAGAUGUUACGGAUAAGUUGAAUGAUAUGCAGACACAAUCAGCUAAGUUAGACGCGCUUGGAAUUAAAAUUGAUGAGCAGAAUGAACGUUUGAGCGAAGCCGAAUCUGCGAUGGAUAUUUCCCAACUCAAAGCUAAAAUUUCCGAAGAUAUGCUGCAGAAAACGGCGCUAGGCGAUCGCUUAAAGCCAUUGAAAGCUGCAGUGCAACAAAAAGAAAAGCAGAUGACUUUGCACAGUCAAGUGGAGAUCCUUCAGGCUCAGGUGACCGAGAAAAAGGAAAAUUUGGAGAGGCUGAGAAACAAACUGCAAUCUUUCGUGGAUAAAAUGGGCGGUGAGCUGCGAAGCGAGGAGAUGAGGACGACGUUGGAUACCAAAUUGAAGGAAGCGACUCGCCUCUGUGACGGUACAAAGAAGUCCAUCGGACGAUUGGAAACAGAAAUCGCUGUUAAAGAGCGGGACCGAACUAACGUCAAGAACGACUUGGACGCCAAUGCCGGCAAAAUAAAAGAUUUUGAGAAUGAACUCGAGCGAUUGGCCGGAAUCGAAAAAGAUAUUGAUGCUGCACAGCAAAACAUUGAAGAAGAAAUGAAAAAGUGGCAGAGUGAAUUAGCGGAAUGGCAGGGGAAAUCCGAUGUCAUCAAAAGCUUGAAAACAAGUCUGUUACGCCAACGCCAAGAUGGAAAAUCAUGCUGCCCUACGUGCCACCGUGCGUUUUCCAGUCAAUCGGAGGCUACUGAUUUGUCCGAAGAAUUCGAACAUACUCUGCGCGAUGUUCCCAAUCAAAUCUCGGCCAAACAAGCGAAGAUUGCUGAAUGCGUUGGCCGUCGCGAUGCCAUAAUAGCUUUUUUGCCAGAGAUCAAAAAGAUCGAGAAAGUGAAAAAGCAGUUAGCGGAUCAGGAAGAAAAGCAGAAGAAGUUGACAAGUGAUAUCCUGAAUCUGCAGAAGCAGAAGGCAGAGUUGGAAGCGACGCUGAGUGAAGCAAUGGAUUUGCACCAGUUUUGUACCAGCUCGCAACCAGAUGUUUUGAAAUUUGAUAAUUCGCUCACCGAUUUCAAAAAGGUUGAACGAGAACUCAACGGUCUUCAAUCGCAGUUGGACCAAUUUGGAGAUCCUCGAUCCUUGGAGGAAUUGAAAACUGAGCGUGACCAACUGGAAGCUGAACUGGAUCGGAUGGCGAAAUCUGUGGACGAUACUCGUGAAUCUGUUGCGAAACAAGAAGCCGUUAUCAACCAAAUCCGCGAUGAACUCAACACACUUCGUGAACAGAAAAUGAAAAUUACGGAAAAGCUGCAAGAGAAAGUUGCACUGGAGCAGAAACUGGCCGAUUUGAAGACUGAAGUUGAGAAAGCUACCGCGGAAGCGGAUGAUCUGGUUCAAAAAGAGGCUCCUUUGAAAGAACUAAUUGUUACACUGGGCACCCAGAAAACGCAGGCUCGAGCUCGACUGAAUGCAGAACUCAAUGAUAAGGAACAAAUGGUGACAGCGCUGAAAGAUGGGCAAAAAGAACUGCAGAGGAUGUAUACCAAAAUUAAAGAUUACGAACGUAAAGGAAACACUGAGAAACUUCAUACUCUACAAACUGAUCUCGACAGUUUGAAUGAAGAAAUCAAAAAUAAGGAACAAGAAAGAAAUGAGCGAGCUGAGGAUUUACGGAAAAUCGAAAACGAUUUGCAGGGAAUGAAGACGCGCGAUCAAACGUUGAAGGAUAAUAAAACGUUACGUGACAAACGGGAAGAAAUCAAGACUCACCAAAACACGUACGUCGGCAUUGAAGAACAGCUGAAAGUGGAAGAGCCAGUCACGCUUCGGGAAGAAUUUAAGGAAGUCGUAUCCAAGAAGACCGCUUGCAGUGAUCAGAUUAAUAAUUUACAAGGACGAAAGACAGAACUGGAGCGCAGCAUUCGUUCAAAAGAGAGGGAACUGGAUGUGGAUCACUAUAAGAAUGCCCGCAAACACUACGCUGAAGCUGUGGUUAAAUGUCAGGUCAUUGAUUUUGCUAUGAAAGACGUAGAAAAAUUUUACAAGGCGCUGGAUUAUAGCGUAAUGAAGUUCCACUCAAACAAGAUGGAAGAGAUUAACCGGAUCAUACGGGAACUCUGGCAGAAUACGUAUCAGGGUCACGAUAUUGACUACAUUGAGAUUCGGUCGGACGCUGAUGAAAAUGGUAUCGAAGGAGAAAAAGCCCGUCGAACGUACAAUUAUCGGGUGGUGAUGAUCAAAGAAGAUCAUGCGUUGGAUAUGCGCGGACGCUGCAGUGCUGGGCAGCGGGUCUUGGCAUGCUUGAUCAUUCGGUUGGCGUUAGCGGAAGCUUUUGCAAUGAAAUGUGGCGUUUUGGCACUGGAUGAACCGACUACGAAUUUGGACCGGGAUAACAUUGAACAUUUGGCGAAAUCUUUGUCGCUCCUCAUUCGUUCUCGGGAAUAUGCGCAGUUGCGCCAUCGUUUCCAGCUGAUUAUCAUUACUCAUGAUGCAGAAUUUCUGAAUGCAUUGAAUACAGCUGAAACUGGUAUUUUGGUUGAUCGCUAUUACAAGAUCUGGAAAGACAAGAAUGGUCACAGUCGCUUGACGAAUCUUCCCUACAAUGGACACUUUUGAAUCUGUUCAAUUUAAUGUAUGUUUUCUAUUUGUACAUUAACCAUCCAUUCCCUUUAAAGCGUUGUGGUUUGAUGUUUCGGUAGUCUGUUGGUAGUGGAUGGCGAGUCAGUUUCAGGUUCCCAUGUUAUUUUGUGGAUGUUUUCGCUAUGGAAUUCUGCUCACGCUUUGGCGUUUUCGACACUGUUUGUUGGACGUAUUUUUAAUUUGUUCUCGCAGUCGUUUUUUUCUGUUCUUAUUUUGUUGUUUGCUGGUGUCUGAUACUUGCGUAGUAUUAGCAGGACGUCAUACUAUGUAAACGUGGAUAAAAGUUGCACCACGCAUGG